UUUUGGCCUAAAAAUGUCGAUGGCAUUUUCGUAAAUUAUUAUUAGUUUUGAUUUCAAUUUUCUUCUCUUUCUUUGGUGGCUUUAGAGAAAAUAGAAAGAAAAAUCCUUUUCCGCCUCACCCCAUUUUCCUCGCUCAAUUUCUCCCAUUGUCGUAGUUCGGUCGGAACAGUAAAAUCAGAUCUCUGUUUAGCUUCUCGAUUCGCCAUUCUUAAUCAAUUGAUUCUUGAUUUGGUAGGAAUUUGGUCGGAAUAUGGAUGGAGAAAUUCCCAACAUAAAGAGAUGGGUAGUGUUGUAUCCCAUUUAUAUAAAUUCAAAGAAAACAAUUGCUGAAGGAAGACGUAUAGGUGUUAGCAAAGCUUGUGAGAAUCCUACGUGUGCUGAGAUUGGGGAUUGCUGCAGUCAUCUCAAACUGCCCUUUGCUAUUGAGAUUGAUAAAGCAUAUCCUCGUGAUUUCAUGCAAAGAGGGAGAGUGCGGGUUCAGCUGAAGAAGGAGGAUGGAACCCUGUCCAAUCCAGCUAUUACUUCGAGAAAACAACUGAUGCUUCGUGUAGCCGAACUUGUUCCUAGACAUCCUGGGAGGACUAAGAAGCAGGAGCCGGCAUCCUCAUCAACAGCAGGACCUUCAAAAGGCAAGGGUGGAAGAAAGAAGAAAUAGUUGCAUUGCCAUUAUGAAAUUUUUAGAAUCAGAUUGUUAUCAACCAGGCAGGCGGUUUCGUUUUCAGGUCUUAGUUCUUAAUUAUUAACAACCUUUGAGUAUUGGUGUUCUACCCCGGCCCUCAUCCAAAACGAAAAACUAACACAGUGGUCUGAAAGUUUUUGUGAAAUGUCAUCGAUACUUUUUCUUUAAUGGUCGAUAAAAAAAAAAAGUCAGGAAAAAGGUAUUUGUGACAAUUUUUUAAGUGUUACCAAAUAUCACAUUUGGUGUAACAUGGGUUUGUUUUGAACAAUUUUGUAAAAUAGUGGAUCAAGAAGUUUUACUAAGAUAAAGUUUCAUGUUGGACAAAAGGAUAGUGGAUGGGAAUUAAGUUGAAUGGUCCACUUUUUUUAGAAUCCUUUGAGAUUGGACGUGAAAUCACCUUUCUAUGAAUAUGAUUCACAGGUCUGGAGAUUGAUAA